CGUCACUAUACGCGCGACUCCAGACGGAUUUUAUUCAUCAUGUUUGACUUCAUGGAAUUUCAAGUUUUCUGUCCCGGAGAAAUGACGGACUUCUACGGCAGCUCCAGCCCGGCGUGCAUGCUGCAGGAGCAGGAGGAGGAUUUGGCAGCUUUCUUUCCCGAGCUGAUCGAGGCAGAUUGGCAGGAGCGUCGAUGCUCGCAAUCAGUGGAAAGCCAGAGUUCCAGCUCCAGCUCCAGCUCGGAUGACUUGUUCGCCAGCCCGCCGUCCCCGCCGCCGCCCCCACGCACUUACAAGCCCUGCUUUGUGUGUCAGGAUAAGUCCUCGGGCUACCACUACGGAGUCAGCGCCUGUGAGGGCUGCAAGGGCUUCUUCCGCCGCAGCGUGCAGAAAAACAUGGCGUACACGUGUCACCGCGACAGGAACUGCAUCAUCAACAAGAUCACCAGGAACCGCUGCCAGUACUGCCGGCUGCAGAGAUGCUUUGCUGUGGGAAUGUCCAAAGAGUCUGUGAGAAAUGACAGAAACAAGAGAAAGGGGAAGAAGGAAGCGGUGAAGAUGACCAUCAUGGAGACGUACGAGCUGACGGCAGAGCUCGGCCUGAUCGUGGAGAAGAUCUGCAGAGCUCACAGAGAGACCUUCCCUGCCCUCUGCCAGCUGGGCAAAUACACCACGAACUCCAGUUCGGACCACCGGAUCCAGCUGGACCUCGGGCUGUGGGACAAGUUCAGCGAGCUCGCCACCAAGUGCAUCAUCAAAGUGGUGGAGUUCGCGAAGCGAGUGCCCGGCUUCACCGGCCUGACCAUCGCCGACCAGAUCACUCUGCUGAAAGCCGCCUGCCUCGACAUCCUGAUCCUGAGGAUUUGCACCCGCUACACUCCUGACAAGGACACCAUGACCUUCUCUGACGGGCUGACCCUGACCCGCACUCAGAUCCACAACGCCGGGUUCGGGCCGCUCACGGAUCAGGUCUUCACUUUUGCCGGGCAGCUGCUGCCGCUGGAGAUGGACGACACGGAAAGUGGGCUCCUCAGCGCCAUCUGCCUCGUCUCUGGAGACCGGCAGGACCUGGAGGAGCCGUCGAAGGUGGAGGUGCUGCAGGAGCCGCUGCUGGAGGCGCUGAAGAUCUACUCCCGGAAGCGGCGGCCCAGCAUGCCGCUCAUGUUUCCCAAGGCCCUCAUGAAGAUCACAGAUCUGCGCAGCAUCAGCGCCAAAGGAGCGGAGCGCGUGGUGACGCUGAAGAUGGAGAUCCCCGGCUCGAUGCCACCGCUCAUCGAGGAGAUGCUGGAGGAUCUGCAGAACCUGGAGCAGCAGCAGAAGCAGCUGGUUCUCGCGCCGCCUCCUCGCAGCACAUGAGGCGUUUCCUCCCUCUGAGACUCCCUCCACGCAGCCCGGAGGCCUUCUAGUGUCUUACCUCGGUUAUUGUCCAGACCAGUGAAUGAUCACAGCUGGAUCUGCUGAAGUGACUCAGUGUCUAUUAAAAGAAACUCAGCGGUCACAUUAACACCACUCUGUGAGCUCCGUCCGGUUGAAUGUGGACAGAUGCAGUGAUGUUUCCAGCUCCACUUCAUAAAACCUCCUGAGAAUCAGCGUUUCUUCACUGUAACUCGUCUUUACAGUAUUUAUGUCUGCAUGAGCUGCCACACACAUUCAUUUUUACCUCACCAAAUAACACUUCUAGCAUUAGUUUUAUAUAGAUAGCAAGCAUUGUUACUUUUUUUUUAUUGUUAAAAUGUCUUGUAUGUUAAUUUUUUUAUCCAUUUGUGUAUAAAGAAAAGGGAAUUACACAUUUUAAAUACAUUUGAAAUCAAGUUUUCUCUCACAAAGUUGAAUGUUGAAAAAAAUUAGAAAAAAAAUAAUGUAGCUGUGCUGAUAUGUGAGAAAUAACAAAAAAAUACAGCAGUGUGUGUAUCAGCUUAUCACCUGUUGGAUAUCAGAGUCCAACCAGGUAAGGUGAGUCAACCACUUCUCCCCCUGGAGCCUCACCUGGAGCCUCCUCUGAGGCCUUCAAAAUAAAAGGACAAUGGAUGUUUUUUCAGAGCUAGAUCUCAAUGCUGGCCUCAGUUUAAAAAUAAAAAUAAAACCAUGACUCAUAUUUGACAGGCUGUAUAAUGUAGUUUG